AUGGCCUCAGAACCAUUGCCGCCGUCGGAGGAUUUUGACAUGCCUCCGGGGACCUUCCUACUGAUUCGAGAUGACGAGGAUGAAAUUCAUCACUAUAAGGUCGUCGAGCUCAGCCCGAUACCGAGCAACGAUCCCAACGACCCCCUGAACUGGAGCGUCUUCCGGAAAACAGUCAACUACACGCUUGUUAUGACAUCGACCUGUCUUUUCUUUACAGCUCUAAGCGUCCAGGCCAUCUUCUGGCAACAGAUGGUCGAGGACUUGCACCUGUCUUUCGCCCUUCUCAAUCGAACCAUGUCGGUUAACUAUGUCGGUCUGGCCAUGGGCUGCUGGCUGUUCAUUCCUGUGGCGAAGAAAUUCGGGCGACGACCCGUCUACAUCGUGUCAAUGGCGCUGAUGACGGCAACGACAUUCUGGUCGGCUAAGAUACAGACUCUGUCGGACCUUUAUGCUACCAAUCUCCUCUCAGGACUGGCUGGGGCUACCAAUGAAGCAAUUGUCCAGAUCACGAUAUCCGAUCUCUUCUUCGUGCAUCAUCGUGGUGGAAUGAAUGCGUUGUAUAUGAUAAUGGUCAUGAUUGGGAGCUUUCUCACCCCAAUGGCAGCAGGUUAUCAAGCCACAGUAGCUAGUUGGCGAGCAUCCUACAUAACCAUGGGCAUAUUCUGUGCUAUCCUAUUUGUCCUCUUCACAUUCUGCUACGAGGAGACCAAAUAUGUCCCCGUGAUUGAUGGAGUCCGAACCCCAGACGAGUCCAGCCCGAACACAGCUAUCGAUACCAAAACCACCGAAGCCAGCAGUGGCAACGGUAAAACCAAUCUUAAAACACCCGAAACCACCACAGAAGCCACUGCGCUCCACCACGAAAUCGAUUGGUCCAUCCCCAUGAACCCCUGGUGGAAGAGAUUGGCCCUGGUCACGCCCUCAUCCGAGUCCAUCUGGCCAUACUACUACCGUCCGUGGAUUAUCCUCCUGUCCUUCCCACACGUCAUGUUCACAUCUCUCCAGUAUGCAACCGGCGUGAUCUGGCUCAGUAUCAUGUCCUCCGUGCUGUCCAUUGUCAUGACGGGACCACCGUACAUGUUCGUCCCAGCAGACAUCGGAUACAUGUGCACCGGUCCGUUCGUGGGAAGUAUCAUCGGGGCGCUAUAUGGAGGGUUCCUUGGCGAUCGGACGAUUCUAUACUUUGCUAAGAGGAAUAAGGGAUAUUAUGAGCCGGAGAUGCGGCUGUAUAUUCUCUUCCCGCCGUCGUUGUUUAUCUGUGCGGGGAUCAUUAUGUAUGGUGUUUCAAUGGCAAAGGGCGAACACUGGAUGAUCAUUAGUGUCGGCGGAGCUUUCUUCGGCUACGGCCUAGGAAGUAUCUCAGACGCGUCGUUGACCCUGAUCAUUGACAGUUACCGAGACAUAACUGGCGACGCCUUCACCGCAAUAGCAUUCAUCCGCAACGCCUUCUGCAUCGGCAUCCCCUUCGCCAUCACGCCGUGGAUGGAGACUAACGGAAUCCAGAACAUGUUCAUCACGUGUGGGUUCAUCAGUCUUGGCGUGUGCAUGACGAUUAUCCUGAUGGCCGUAUAUGGGAAAAGAAUUCGUAGACGCACUGCUACGAUGUAUCACAAGAUGGCAACUGAGCAUGCUGUGCAAUGGCGGUAG